GUCAAACAUCAUAACACUUCAGCAGUCGAUGCUAACACGUGCACACUGUCGGAAACGCUGAAGUAAUAAAAAAGAAUGUUUGCAGUGAAGGUAGAUCAACCAGCCGAAAAAAAACCUCGGUUAGAUGAAGAAGAUUUUCAGGCUCUAAAAGAUAAACUGAAAGCAAGAAAAAAAAUUUUUAAAACUUUCCCUUUAUUCAAAAUAAUUGAAUCAGGCACUAGUGCAAGUGUAUCUACCCCCAAAGAUUCACGUAUUCCAAUUUCAGUGAAAGAUGUUCAGGAUCUAAUACUACUUUCAGUUUCAGGAGAAGUACGACAUUUGAAUAGGUGGUUUCUACUUACACAAUGGCAAAAGAUUUCUCAAACAGCAGUACUGGUUCUUGAAAAUGUGUCUGUUAAUGACAUUGAAAAUAAUCAAGAUUUGUUUCCUCGUACUCUUGGAAUUUUUGAGGAUGGAGUAGAAUUGCUCAAUUCUAAUAAUGCUGGACUUAGUUUGAGUGUUGCGUUGGCUUAUUCACCCAUCACCCAUAUGUUAAAGAGUAGAAUACCAAAAGUAUACACAUCCCUGAAAGAAGCCCUUGAUAAUGGACAUAUCUUCAGCAUCACUGAUUUCACUGAAGAAAGUUAUCAAGAAAAGGAUACAUCGGGAGAUGAUAGCAAAAAGCAAGACCAAACAGAAAUGAAUGGGCAUACCAAGGGUUGUAGUAAGCCUGAAUUAAUGUUGAAUGCCUUGCAACUGAUCACUGGUUACUACCCAUUUCCGGGACAUGGGCGUGCAAAAGAAUUUGUUUUUACGAAGGACAGAUAUGAACCAGUCACAGAAAAUUCCCCGAUGUUUGCCAUAGAUUGCGAAUGGUGUUUAUGUGUUGAUGGUACGAAUGGUUUAGCCCGUGUAGCCAUCGUGGAUGAAAACUUGGAUCCUGUCUACCAUGCAUACGUUCUUCCUGAGAAGCCUGUUAGGGAUUACGCAACGAAAUGGUCAGGCAUUACCCCUGCACUUCUCAGGGGAAUCCAAAAAAGAUUGUGUGAUGUUCAACAGGAUAUUAGGAAGCUUUUACCACCUGACGCAAUCCUCGUUGGUCACUGCCUUCGUGGAGACUUAUUAGCUUUAGAAUUAUUCCAUCCAUAUAUUAUCGAUUCAGCCGUUAUCUAUAAUAUGACAGGCUGUCGACACAUGAAGUCCAAGCUGCAGUUUUUGUCGAAAGUGUUUUGCGACCGUGACAUUCAAUCGCUUGAUCGUAUGGGUCAUGACCCCAAUGAAGAUGCUUCUGCUUCCAUGGAGCUGGUGUUAUUAAAGAUGGGAAAAGGAUUGAAGUAUGGAGACUCAUGUUCAGGUGGUUGCUGGGAUGGUCCUUCUAAAGAGAAGAUACUGAGCGUAAUGUCCGACUCAAUAUUCCAUUCCAGAAACAAGUCAGAAUCGGAAUUGGAUCUUCAAGACGUCCUUCUUAUGAAAUUUUUUACUUUCGUACAAAGUCUCGACAAAAGUACUGUUCUGAUAACACAGCCAACAUAUGACAAGAUCUAUCGCCCUAAAACACCGUUACAUUCAGGAUUAUUCGGUAAUGUUAAAGCCGACUCCGUAGAGAUUGUUCCUGAAACGAAAUUGCAGAAUAUUGUUCCUACUCUAGAGUCUAGAAUGAAUAAGGAUCUGUUGUAUGUCCACAUGUCUGUUGCUGACGAAGAGAAGAAGGGCAAUGAGCAUUUAAAAAAAUUAGACGAUGUCAUUGCAGAUGUUUAUGAUAAGCUCGCUAUGCGAGGAAUAAUGAUUGUCAUUUUCGGAGGUAAAUCAAAUCCCAUGGAAAAUGGAAUGUGCAUGAUUCGUGUUAAAAAGCCUUGUAGAGAAGAUCUCUUGAGAGACCAUUUUCCCAACCAAUAAAAUGUAUUUUUGUUUCAAGAA